AUGCAGCAGUAUGUCAGGUCCAUCCUUGAUGUCAGGGGUGAUGUCAUUUCAGAAUUCACUAUGGAGCUGCCCUUUCCAGUUGAUCCCUCUACCCUCAAUGUUACCAUCCCCAGCUUUGAGUCUGGUGCAUUGUUCUGCCAUGUUGACUUGGCUGAGAAAAGGAAGAAAAGGGUAGCUCAAUCCUUUGUCAUGAGGAAGAGGCAUGCCAAGGGCAAGAAGAAGGGUGAUAUUGAAUACAACAACCUGACCCAUCAUCACUAGACAAACUCAACAACAGCCAUGGCUUUGAUGUGUGUUAGGCACACUGUAAACAACUACAACAACCAACCAAUCUAGGAGCAACCUGUUGAGUGCUCAUGUAAUCAACCAAAAAGGGUAGCUUGUUGAAUGCCCUUAUAAAAUAGUACUUGCAUGUAGUGUGUAAUGGCUUGUGUAGUAGUGUAAUGCGUUUUCCUGCUCCUCCCAGG